GUGCUUCUAGAGAAAGAGCAGGAGCACACUGCCUCAUCUGAGAUGCCAUGCCAGACUCAGGGAGAGCUGUUCCCUGCCCGAGGGCAGGAAGAGCAGCUCAGGCAGCAGGUGGAAGAGCCACAGGAGAAUGGCCAGAACAUCAAGGCAGAGCCACAAGCAGAGCUGCCCAAAGCUCAGAGUGACAUCAUGGCAGUGAAGAGAAAGAACAAGGAAGACAUGGGAAGAAUUCAAGAGGAGAAUCUCCAUCAGCAGAGGGGUGAUCAACAAAACCAGGUGAAUGAAAGAGUGGCAGCCACUCCACUCAUGAAAUGUCCUCUCUUUUGUUUGUUAGAGAACAUGAAGGAACAGCUGGAUGCAGAGCUUCAGACAGCUCACAGUAUGAUCAAGGCAAGGCAUAAGCGGCUGGAGGAAGAAAUGAAAAUCUUCAGAGAGAAACUUAAUCGCUUCCGUCAGUCUCUGCAAAACCAAGUGGCAAUAAAAAAAAUAAAUCUUCAAGGACUGAGGAGGAAGGAGCUAACCUUUAAUGAAAUCAUGAUCAUGAAGAGAUAUAGGAGUCCCAAUGUUGUGAAUUAUUUGGACAGCUACCUUCUGGGCGAGGAACUCUUGCUGGUUAUAGAGUACAUGGAUGGAGGUGUCCUGACCGAUAUCAUCAGCCAGACCUGCCUGUCUGAAGAUGAGACGGCAGCCAUCAGUCGGGAGUGCCUGCAGGGACUGGAUUUUCUUCAUUCAAACGAUGUGAUCCAUCGAGACGUGAAGAGUGACAACAUCCUUCUCAAAACUGACGGCUCUGUCAAGCUGGCUGAUUUUGGCCUCGCUACUCAGCUCACCCCUGAGCAGAGCAGACGGUGCUCGCUAACCGGGACUCCUUGGUGGAUGGCGCCUGAAGUGGUGACAGGUCAACCAUAUGGCCCCAAAGUGGACAUAUGGUCUUUUGGAAUUGUGGGAAUUGAAAUGAUAGAACAAGAACCUCCUUACUUGAGCGAAAGUUCUGGCACGGCUACACACCUGAUAGCCACAGUAGGGACUCCACAGCUGCGGCAGCCCAAGCUCCUCUCGGCUUUGCUGCGUGACUUCCUGAGCUGCUGCCUGCAGACAGACGAGGAGCGGCGCUGGUCUGCCAAGGAGCUCCUGCAGCAUCCAUUUGUAACUUCAGCCAAGCCACCAUUCAUCCUGGCACAACUCAUCAACUCUGUGAAGAAGACGAAUAGCCCUAACCCUAAACCUAAACCCUAA